CUAGCUAGCCUCAAUCUCUCUUCCCUGCUAAUCACCCCACCGCCGCUACGGUUGGGGCGGUUACCCGUUCGAGGUUGAUGCGCUGCAAAGUUUCUCGGCGACACCACACCCCUCCCUCCUCCACUCGACUUUCUUUCCUAUUCUGGGCUGGAUUUCACGUAGACUUCGCCGCUUCCGCCCCUGCAAAGUUAAUUUCUUGCUGUAAUCCCGUGCCUUGCUCAAAGUAGAGGGUGGACUUCCGAGCAUUUCCCUUUCCUUCUUCUUCAAACCUUCUGCUUCCCGUAUCCCGGUCAUUUCUCCUUGAUUUCGCGUACCGAUAGGCAGCCGUUUCCUUUUUUUCAUUGCUGGCAAAGCUGUAUAUAGGCCGUGCAUUUAUUUCUCCCCUGAUUGUCUCCAAAACCCCCCUUCCUUCUCCCUCGAGCAAGAGGCGCAGUUGUCUGCGUAUCGUGCGCUCCUACAGAGUGGGCUGCUGCUUCCCCUUCUCAUCUCCUUCCGAGAUUCUCUCGUCUUCCGAACGUUUCGUUGACGCGUUUCUUCUCUCCCUCGCGGCCGUGUACGUCUGAAGAGAGUCGGCGCGGGCAGGUCAGCCAUGGGGCGUGCCAUGAGAUGGCUCAAGAAGCUCUUGACGGGCGCCAAGGAAGGACACGGCGGCGUCAAGGCCGACUGGCAUGACGCUGCGGAGAAGGAGGCGAGCAGGUGGAGCUUCGUGAAGCAGAGGAAGAGCGGAGCUGACGGCGGGAAGCCGCGGCCUUCGGUGGUGGCUCUCGCCGCCGCGGCCAGGCCGUGCCGUUGCGUCGGUGAACCGCGCGAGGAGGAGGCCGCCGUCGUGGUUCAGAAGGCCUUCAGAGGCUACCUGGCUAGGAAAGCGCUUCGCGCGCUGAGAUCGCUCGUCAAGCUGCAGGCUCUGGUCCGAGGCUACCUCGUGAGGAAGCAGGCAGCCACGACUUUGCACAGGCUGCAGGCGCUCAUGCGGCUGCAGGCAGAUUCGUACGCCGUCAAGCGAGCUUCCUAUCGGAGAUCCAUGGAACAAGAGAGGAUCGUCACGGAAGAUGUCCGGACGAAGCCCUCGCCGUCGCCGGCGAAGGCAGUGCACCGGCGGAGGCUGUCCGACAGCACGGACUCCAACUACGAGCGCAGCCCGCGGAUCGUGGAGAUGGACACGUGCCACCUCCGCUCGCGGUCCACCAGGAUCGCGAGCGGCCGGUACACCCCCGAUCGCUCGUCGGCCCGCCUCGCCGCGGACCUGGCGCCGCUGUCCGUCAAGCAGCCCCAGCGUCUGUCCACCCGGCGGCACCACGAGCGUGAACCCGUCAGGCACGCCAGGACGGCCCAGAACACGCCCCGCUUCAGCAGCCCCAACCCGCCGUAUGCGUACGACUCGCCUGCCAAGAGCGUCGACGGUCUGACGCCGCGGCCGCUAUGGCACCGGGACCUGCUCGCGAGCCCGCGCUACAUGGGGGGCACGGCCUCGUCGGCGGCGAAGACGCGGUGCCACAGCGCGCCCAGGCAGCCGCCGGCCGAGGCGGCGAGGGCGAGCCUGACGUCCCAAGCAGGGUCGAGGAGGUCCGCGUCUAAGCGUAUGCAGAGCGGUUACCUCUCGGAAGCCACGCUCAAGGGCUACUCCGGUCUCAUCGAGGAGGCAGCCAGGGAUUACUACUUGGACAGGAUGUGGUGACCCAUCAGAUGGAGAGUGUGAAAUACGAUCAGUCUCCAAAUUUCAGAUAGUUAUCCAAAUUGUGUACAUAUUCAGUUGCUAAAGUGUUAUAAUGGUCCAGGCACGGUUAAGUUUUUGUGAA